GCCAUUUUUGUUGCUCCUAAGUGUGUGUUGAUCUGUUUCCCGGGCGCAGGUCGGGUCUGAGGGGCCGGACAGAGCGCGGGAGGAGGGUCAGAAGGUCCGAGGCUGGGCCAUGCUGUACAGUUGACCUGCGCCAGGGGCGUGACGGAGACCACAGUGCCCGGGUCCCCGUUUCGCACUCAGUCCGAUGGCGGAGACCGAGCGGAGAGUCCUGGCUCAGCAGGGCACUGUGACCUUUGAAGAUGUGGCUGUGAACUUUUCCCAGGAAGAAUGGGGUCUCCUUAAUGAGGGUCAAAGACAGCUGUACCGUGAUGUGAUGCUGGAGAACCUGGCACUUCUGUCCUCCUUGGGUUGUUGGUGUGGAGUGGAAAAUGAGGCACCUUCUAAGCAGAGUCUUUCCAUACUAAAAAUGUCUGACAUCUGGACUCCUAAGACAGGUGUGUGUCCCAGGAAGGCCCAUGGCUAUGAAACCUGUUUCCCCAUCUCAGAAGACAUUUUGUGCCUGAGUGAGCACUGGGGAACACACCACACACAGAAACUGGACAGUUGUGACACUCAUGGAAAAAAGGUGUCUGACAGUGUUAAACUUCAUCAGCACCAGGAUCAGCAUAUUGGAGAGAAACUCAAUGGAAGCAGCAUAGGCGGAGUCUCACAUGUGAAGAGCUGUAAGUUCCAUGUUUCGGGGAAACCGUUUAUCUUCAACGGUAUUGAGAAUGACUUCCUGGUCAGACUCGGAUUCUUUCAGCACGAGGCUGCUCCUGUUGAGAAGACAUCAACCAGCAAAAUCCAGUGUGGGCCACCCUUUCUUGGGGGAGAACCUCCUAACAACUGGGGAGAAUCUGCGGAGACCUUCAGCUCCCAACAGACGCUUGUUUUGGACCAGAGGCUGCUUACUAGAGAACCAUGUUAUAUUUACAGUGAAUGUGGCAGCGUUUUUAAUGGAAAUGGUAGCUUCAGUAACCAUCAGACCAUUCAUUCUGGAGAAAGACCAUAUGAGUGUCGGGAAUGUGGGAAAUUUUUUACCUACAGGUGUAAUCUCUUAGCCCACUUGAGAGUUCAUACAGGAGAAAGACCAUAUGAAUGUGGGGUAUGUGGGAAAUCAUUUAGCUUAAAGUCUAACCUGAUUCGACAUCAGCGAGUUUAUAGUGGAGAGAGUUCAUAUGAAUGUAGUGACUGUGGAAAGCUGUUUAGCUACAAGUAUAACUUGAUUGAACACCAGAGAGUUCACACUGGUGAAAGGCCAUAUGAAUGUAGUGAGUGUGGGAAAUCAUUUCGCCAGCGCUCUACACUCUGUCAACAUAAGAGACUCCACUCGGGACAAAAGCCUUAUGAGUGUACUGACUGUGGGAAGUGUUUUGUGGAAAACUCCAGCCUCAUUAAACACAGAAGAAUCCACACUGGAGAAAGGCUGUAUGAGUGCAGUGAAUGUGGAAAAUCCUUUGCUGAAAACUCCAGCCUCAUUAAACAUAGGAGAGUUCACACUGGAGAGAGGCCUUAUGAAUGUGUAGAAUGUGGAAAGUUAUUUAGGCACAAGUCUCACCUGGUUGUACACCAGAGAUUUCACACUGGAGAAAGGCCUUAUGUAUGUGGAGAAUGUGGUAAAUCCUUUAGCAAACAGUACAACCUCAUUCGACAUCAGCAGAUUCACACUGGACAAAAUUCAUAUGAAUGCAGGGAAUGUGGAAAACUAUUUAGCUACAAGUACAACCUCAUUGAACACCAGAGAAUUCACACAGGAGAAAGGCCAUAUCAGUGCAAUGAAUGUGGGAAAUCAUUUCGUCAAAGCUCUUCACUCCUCCAACACCGGAGACUUCACAUUGGACAAAAGCAUUAGUGUAGUGAACACUGAGAAUGCUUUACUGAAAACUAACCUCAUUCUACAUGGGACACUCACACUGGAGAAAGGUGUUAUGCAUGCUUUGAAUAUGGAAAAUCUUUUCACGAAGCUCUUAGUUCUUUUGAUAUUCUAGAGUUCAUACUGGAGUAAAUUUCACAAUUGAAACAAAUUUGAGAAAUUUUUUAGUCAAAGUUCUGUGCUUUUUCAAGGUCUGAGUUCACACUUAGGAGUGUGACAGAUGUGGGAAGUUCUGCAGCUAAAACUAGCUUCAGUUCCCACCAGAGAGCCCCUGGUGAAGUGCCUUUUGAAUGUAGUAAAUGUGAGAAAACAGUCAGGCUGACUUCUUUGGAUAUUAGGACUUUCCCAAUGAGAAAAAUACUGUAGCUGUGCAGGGUGUGUUAUUUCUUCUUCAGUGUAACACUGGAGGAUAUAUAUAUAUAUAUAUAUAUAUGACUGAAUUGAACCUCAUAUAUCAAAAAAAUCUGCACAAGGAGCCAUUGUUUUGGUGUGGCAGGUUAAGCUACUGCCCGUGACAAUGACAUCCCAGUGUGAGUCCUGGUUACUGUGUUUCCUAUCCAGCUCUCUGCUAAUGUGCCUAGGAAAGCAGGGGAAGAUGACCCAAGUAUUUGGGCCCCUGCCACCCACAUGGGAGACUCAGAUGAAGUUCGUGGCUGCUGGCUUUGGCGUGGCCCUGCUGCUCUGUUCAUUGCAGCCAUUUGAGGAGUAAAUCAGUGGAUGGAAGAUUUCUUUGUCUCUCCAUCUCUCCUUUUCUGUAACUCUGCCUUUCAAAUAAAUCUUUAAAAAGAUCUGUUUAAAUCUCGGAUGCAUGAGCGCUGCAAGGUAUUUUUCAAUUUACCCUGGGUCCUUGGCUGACUUAGCCCUCUGAGAAAAAGCAUGUCACCUCUGCCACUUGGGAGGUCCUCACCGUGCAUCAUGUUCUCACCCCAUCAUGUUUAGGAAGUAAGCCUUGAUGGUCUCUCAUUCGCUGGAGGAAUUUGUGGUUAGCUUCAGCAUUUACUCCUUUCUCAUUUCUUACCCUUUGAUGAGUUACACUAUGGGCUCGAUAGAGUUUAUUUUAAAAGUUUAUUUAUUUCAAAGACUGGAUGACAGAGGAGAAAUGCAAAGAUAUCUUGGAUCCGCUAGUUUACUCCCCAAAUGACUGCAGUGGCCAGGGCUGAGCCAGGCUGAGGUCGAGAGCCCAGUACUCUGAGGUCUCCUAUGUGAGUGGCCAGGGCCUAUGUACUUAUGCCAUUUUUUGCUGCUUUCCCAGGUACGUUAGCAAGGAGCAGGAUUGAAAAUGGAGCAGCUAGGACUCCAAUCUGUGCUCUGAUAAGGGAUACCAUCAGUGCAAGCAAGCGUCGUCUUAACCUGUUGUGCCACAAUCCAGCCCCUCUGAUGCAGUCUUUUGACCCAGAGGACUCUAUUGGUGACAUGAAAAGAUAGAAUUCUUUUUUUCAGGGGCUUUGUGGGUCUGUUAAGACUGUUGAAAUUGUAUUUCCAGUUUCCAGAUCACAAAUCCCAGAACAUCCUGUUUCUCUUCACUCCCUGUCGUUUUGGCUUAUGCUGUAAUGAAGGCCUGAUUGUUUAAGCUGCCUUCACCUUAGGACCUGUAUUUGCUAUCUGUGGUGGUUUGUGAACAACAGAAUUCUACCAUGUACAAACAGGCAGCUUUGGUUGGGAUUACUGAACUUCGUGUGCCUUAGAGGGGACCGUGUGAUGGCGGAAUGUAACUUGCACCCCAGUUUUGUCGUACUUUCUGUUUCUUGCAGAAUAUAACUGUCUCUCUGGUUUGUCCUACUUUAUAUUUCUGCCCAAGACCUCCAAAAAAAACUUUAGAGCUUUGUAGUUCUUUUUUUUUUUAAUUAAUUUUUAUUUGAAAGGCAGAGAGAGAGAGAAAGAUCUUCCAUCUGCUGGUUUAUCCCCCAGAUGACUGCAACAGCCAGUGCCAGGCUGAAGUCAGCAGACAGGAAUUUUUUCUGGGUCUUCUGUGUGGAUGGCAGGGACCCAAGAACUUGAGCCAUCAGCUGCUGCUUCCUGGGGUGCACAUUGGCCCAAAGCUGGGUUGGAAGCUGAGGGUGGGACUUGAUCCCAGGCAGUGUGAUAUGGAAUACAGUAUCUGAGUGGCAGCUUAAUGCAUUGUGCUGUGGUACCCCUGAGGUUCUGACUUGUUGCGUGGAUGCUACAUUAAUGAGUGAAUUCAUAGGUUAACCUGAGGGAAGGGCCAUAUUCGUGACAACCUCUUGUACUUCUGAGAAUAACACAAAAUUGUUCUCUUGUUCACACGAAAUGUUGCACUGUGCUUAGCACUGGUGGGCAGGAUUUGUUCCCCAGGUUCAACAAUGGUUUCUUGUACCCCAGUGUCCUGGAUUUAGUAGAGUAGCAUCACAAAUUACAGGUUUAUGGGGCUGGGGAAUAGUGAUGCAUUUCUAGGGAGUGAGGGGAACUGCAGGAGUGGUUGGAGUGGGCUGUUUUAACAGGGCAGUGCGAUGAUGGAAUCACAGCUUGUGAUGGAUGAGGUGGCACAGAAAUUCCCAGGACUUUAGGGUUUGGGGUUGCUGAGGUCCUUGUCAGAGAGUAUGAAGUAAAGGUAUAGUGGACUCCUGCAGUGUUGUACACUGUUCACAUCAGUGCCAUUCCUGCGUAAGCAGGAGGAAGAGGGUAGAAGAGGCCCUUCAUUUAGCGAAGAGUCUUUUGAGCAGCCAGUUUUCCUAUUGGAUCAGGUGGAAAUGGCCUUGUUCACUCAUAUUUGCUACCCCAAGGCUGGUUAUCCCACCCAGGGCAUGAGAAGAGAGUUUGUAGCAUCAAUAUAGGUUGCCAAAUUUAUUUUCCAAAAAUAAUAGGAAAUUCAGAUUUUAUUUUGAACUUUUACAAAAAGCUUUUGCAAGGUAUAAAUGACAUUCCAUAAACUGCACAUAUUUAAAUUGUAUAAUUUGGGGCCAACGCUGUGGUGUAGCGGGUUAAGCCACUGCCUGCAGUGCUGGCAUCCUGUAUGGGCGCUGGUUCAAGUCUCAGCUGCUCCACUUCUGAUCCAGAUCUCUGCUAUGGCCUGAGAAAGCAGUAGAAGAUGGCCCAAGUCCUUGGGCUGCUGCACCCACGUGGGAGACCUGGAAGAAGCUCCUGGCUCCUGGCUUUGGAUAGGUGCAGCUCUGACCAUUGUGGCCAAUUGGGGAGUGAACAAGUGGAUAGAAGACCUCUCUCUCUCUGCUUCUCUUCUCUCUGUAACUCUUGACUUUCAAAUAAAUAAACAAAUCUUUAAAAAAAAUAAGUUGUACCAUUUAAUAAGUUUUGAUAGCCAUAUGUACUCAUGAAACAAUCAUAAUCAUGAACCUACCCAACAUUGGUACUGCCUGGUGCCCUUUAAUAUCUUUCUACCUUCCAGGCAACCAUUGAUUUACUUUGCUUUAUAAUACAGUAAUUUUUACUUUCUAAGAUUUUAUGUGAUUGAAAUGAAAAUGUUUAAUUCUUAAAUGUAUAUUUCUUAAGCCUGAGUUCUGUUCUCUGGCAUAUUGAAGUUCCUCAAUGGUAAUACAUAAGUAGUUCAGUCUUUUUAUGUUACUGAGAACUAUAACAUGCUAAAGAUACACCAUAAUUUCUCUAUUUAUGUGUUUGUGGACAUUGAGUUUCCUUAUUUUACCUGUUACAUAUAAAAUACUGCCAACAUUUAAAGAUUUAUUUUAAUUUGAAAGGGUUACAGAGAGAGAGAGAGGACUUCCAUCUGCUGGUUCACUUCCCAAAUGGCUGCAAUGGCCGGAGCUGGGCUGAUCUGAAGCCAGGAGUCAGGAGCUUCUUCCAGGUCUUCCAUCUACCUGCAGGGGCCCAAGGACUUGGGCCAUCUUCUACUACUUUCCCAGGCCAAAAGCAGAGCUGGAUCAGAAGUGGAGCAGCUGGGACUCGAACCAGUGCCUCUAUGGGGUACUGUCACUGCAGGCGGGAGUUUUACCUACUAUGCCACAGUGCCAGCCCCAAGAUACUGCAGACAUUUAAAUACAACUUUUCAUAGAGAUGUGUUUCAUUUCAUGUGUGUUAAAUUUCUCAGUAUGGAUGAAUAGAUAACAUCUGAAGGCAGGCCAGUUUAACCUCAAACUUAAAUGUUCCCUUUUCUAAUUAUAACAGCAGGAUGUGAGUUCCAAUUCUUUCAUAUCCUUAUCAGUAUUUUUCAUAUCCUUAUCAGUAAACAAUAUGGUUGAUUUUUAAGAAUUUUUAACCUUUCAAUAAGUGGAUAUGUUUUCAUUGUUUACUUGUCAGUUCAUACCUAUUUUUUUCACUGAUUUUUAAAAAUGAAUUUUAUCUUUUUUUCUUUUCCUGAAGAAAGAUGAAAAUAGUGCAACAGCAAAGACUUAUGUUGAACCUCAUUCAUUCUUCAGUGACAUCUUUGCUCUACAGAAUAAUUAUUUUAAGCACCAUAAGGUACGAUCUGGGCAUCCAUUUUGUGUAGAAGAGUAAGUAUCCCAAGAUGACAGUUCAUGUUGAUUCCAGGGCAGAGAAGCAGGAUGGUAUGAUGGCGUUUCCUUUUCUCUUCUGCAUCUUCCUGCUCUUUCCUUUCUCCACAUGUUUUUCCUCAGAGUUCUCAUGAGUGGGAAGGAUACACAUUUUGUGGAAAUAGGAAUUUCAUGUUAGCCACGUUUCCAGGCUGCUUGUGCUGCACUCACCUCACAAGUUCGUGCUCAGUGUCCUUCUGCCAUUGACUCUUGGGUGUAUUUUUUUUCCUUCGUGUAUUCUAAGGCUUCGCAGAUGAUUUUCUAGCUAUUUAUAUCCUCAAUGGAGAAUUGUACUAAUCGACCUUAAUGAAUUAGUUUGCUCCUCCACAGUUGUUUUCCAGAGACAGCCUCACUUUCACAGACUGUCAGUGUACUUAGAGGUGGGAUGAAAAUCCCGGUGCAGCAAGGGGGUGAGAUGGGAUCCAGACUCUCCUCUGAAGGUGCAUGGGCCCACUGUCCACACCUGUAGGAGUGCCGACAUUACAGAUGCCAUCCUGGAAGUACAUGUGAAUUUAGCAAGACGCCACUUUCCAUGUAAAGAUCAUGAUGUUAGGAGAAAUGGCAGAUCUCAGUAAGAAAUGUAUUUGGAAAAACAGUUCUGCCUUUUUUUUUUUUUUUAAGUUUUUAUUUAUGUGAAGUAAGAGUUAUGGGCUGGGGGGUGGGGACAGAGGGUAGGGAGGAAGCUUCCAUCUGCUGGUUCACUCCCCAGAUGGUUGCAAUGGCCAGAACUGGGCCAGGCUGAAGCCAGGAGCCAGGAGCCAGGAGCUUUUACCAGGUCUCCCAUGUGGGUGCAGGGGUGGUGUUCUUUCUGCUUUCCCAGGCUGUUAGCAGGAAGUUGGGUUGGAAGAGGAGUACCUGGGACAUGAACCUGCACUCUCAUGGGAUGCUGGCGUUGACAGGUGGCGGAUUUACUACUACUCCAAAACGCCAGCCCCAGCAGUUCUGCUUUCUGCUGUUGAGUCACAAAUGCUGGGAGAGGCAAAAGGGACAAAUACUGAGGGACCAAGAGGAAAGGUGCCAGCUUGGCUGCUUGUCAUAGGGUUGCCUAGAAUCCCGCAUGUGUCCUCUUUGCCCUGUUCUUCCUGUCACCUCUGACCUAAAGCACCAGUCCUCAGAGAUUGUUCAUUGUAAGAGCUUCACCAGAGAAGGAAAGAGCACGAGAACUGCUUGCUUUUCUCCGGUUGUCUUUGUAGCGAUUACUGGACAUGAAUUUUUGUCAUCUUGGGAGCAUGAUUUGUCAGUGGAAUCUGCAGGAAUAACAUGUCUUUGAAGGGCCAAGAGUUAAAAUUCCCUGACCCAUUUAUGAAGGGAAAGAGGUUUCAGAAUAGUGAGUAAAAGACUGUUAGAGAUGACAGAGAUGUCAGUUCCUAAUGUGAUCUUGAGUGACAGCGUAUCUUGUAUAUAAUCACGAUCAAUCAGCAGUAUUUACUGCUUUCUCUGAGGGAAAAUCUUGAUUCUCCCGCCCCCCCACCCCCCAAAGAUUCAUUUACUUAUUUGAAAGAGUUACAGAGAGAGAGAGACAAAGAGAUUUAUCUUCUGAUCCACUGGUUCACACCCCAGAUGGCCUCCACAGCCAGGGCCGAAGCAGGCUGAAGCCAGGAGCCAGGAGCUUCAUCUGGGUCUCCCACAUGGGUGGCAGGGAUCUAAAGACUUGGGCUAUCUUUCGCUGCUUUUCUCAGCUCAUUAACAGCUGGAUUGGAAGUGGAGUAGCCAGGACUCGAACUGGCGCCCAUAUGCGAUGCUAGCGUCACAGGUGGUGGCUUUACCCUGGCUUCAACAAUUUUGAAUUAAUAAAGAUUUCUAGUGUAUUAUCUAGGAAUCAUAAAAUGGUUUGUUAAAACAAAUGAUACAUGAAUGUACAGUCGGAUGAUAUCUUGCUAUUUUGAAGACAGAAAUUUUCAAAGUAUUUCCAUUUUUGCAGUUUUGCUAGUAUGCAUCAACACUCAAAUUUCUUGUUACUUUUAUUGUGCUAGUAAUUUCUAGUUUUGUUCAAUUUUUUGUUAAUGUUUACUUAGUUCAUGUUAAAUUUGAUGUUAUAGCAUAGUUUCUCCUUUGUGUCACUUAUUCUAAAAUAACUUACUAACCUCUACUUACCUCAACCAAUGCAAUGAUACUUCUCUAGAUUUGCUUUAAACAUAGAGGUGCACAUUUUUAUGAUUCUGAAAUGCAGAGUCUGAAAUGCAGAAUCUGAAAUGCAGUGGUUCUUUUAUUUCUGUAGUUAAGUUCUGUUCACUAAGAAUUUUUUCUUUCAAAAAAUUUUAAUGCAAAUUUUGCAUUUUAAAAAUAAAAUUAUGUAAUAUUAUGCAAACAACAAGAGAAUACUUGGAAAAUCAUGAAAGCAUUCUUUUUUUUUCCAAUGAAUUUUCACUUAAGUGAACAGGGAAGUUGUUGAAUUGUAGUUUCUUAAAGCAUUCAGUUCAUUAAAAUCAAAAUGUUAAGUGAUUAAGGAAUAUUACAUAACCCAGUAAGUAUUUUGUAUUCACACUGUUAAUUGAAAUAUUUAAAAAUUCUCAUUCUUGGCCAGUAUUGUGGCAAAGGGGGUAAAGCUGUUUUGAGUUACAACAGAAGUUAGAUCAAAAUAUAAAGCUCAAAUUUAACUUCCCUAUAUAGUUUUAUAGCAUUUAAAAACUAUACCAGUUGUGUCUGUUGAGUUAUAUCUCUUUAACAUCAAGCCUGCUCAUGAGAAGGAAUUUAAUUCACUAUCUUUGUAUGUUUUUUAAAAAAGUUAUUUGAAAGGGCGGGAGUGUGAGAGACAGAGAUCUUCCAUCUGUUGGCUCACUCUCCGAAAGGUCAAAGCCAGGAUCCAGAAACUCCAUCUGGGUUUCCCACAAGGGCUUGGGCUGUCAUCUGCUGCCUUCCCAGGUGCACUAAUAGGAAGCAGAGUAGCUGGGACUUGAACUGGGGUUCCAAUAUGGAUGCUUGUGUUGCAUGUGCUGGCUCAACCUGUUUCACAAGAACACCAGUUCCUGCAGUUGUAUAUGUUAUAUGUGAAUACUACUUCUUUAAUUAAAAAAAAAGUGAUACAUUUAAUAAAUAAGUCCUACAACCUAAUGACACUAAUGAAUUAAAAAAGCUACGAAACAACAAAAUGUUAAAAAGUUUAUUGGUAAUUGGAGAAAUGCAGACUAAAAAUUCUUUUAAUUGUGAAGAUUAGUAAAUAUUGUAAGUUACUUAUGAGUAUAUAGGUGGAGAAAUUGGUGUGUAGUGAAUUAAAAUUUUUGUUUGCUUUUUGGGGAAAAGUUACUAUAUUCAAAACAAAUGAGUGUUUAAAAACACCAAAAUGUGGGAGAUACGCCUGUAGCAUCCAUAUUUAUCAUUGCCAAAAAUACUGAGAAGCAAAAAGAGCCUUCAAAGGGCAAAUGUACAUCUUAUCCCAAAUCAUAUCACAUAUAAUAUAAAAAUGAAAAUGGUGAAUCUGAUGUACAUAAAAGAUUGGAGCAAUCACAAUUAUAUAUUUGCAAAUGUAGCAGUAACUUGUCAGUUAUAUAAAAAUUGAAAACAGUGAGAGCUAAACUGUGUUACUCAGUAUUCUCCACCUAUACAUAAAUAUAAGAAAAAUUCUUUUGGAGGUGGGAUAAUUGUAUUUGAAGGAAAAAAUAGGCAUCUGAAAUACUAUAAAUACUCCAUUAAAAUUUUAAUCUGCACACCUAAAUUUUGUGCAUUUUUCUAUAUGCAUAUCAAAGUUUGAAAAUCUGGAAGAACCUAGUUACUUGGGUAUGUAUAAAUAUGCAAUUCAAGUUAAGUGGACAUACAGAGGAACAUAGAGGUGCACAUUUUAAUGUGGAAACAGGUUUGUUGUCUGACAAUAAAUUAUAUACAAGCACAAAAUAAGGAAGAAAUAAAAAUAGCUAGUAGUAAAAAUAGUAUACUUGUAAAAUCAUCACACUAUUUUAAAGAUUUAAGAAAGAUCUCUGAUUAAAAAAGUUAGGUCCAAGUGUGCAUUUACAUAUUUGAGGACCAGCCAGGCAGCCAGAGAGCAAGCACUGCCAUGUGCUGGUUCACAUUCAGGUGCUGGCCGUGACUGGGGCUGGGCUGAGGUCAGUAAUGCCAUCCAGGUCUUCCUCGUGGGCGGCAGGGACCUAGCCGCUGGAGUCAUCACCUGCUGCCUCCCACAGGGUGCUUCAGCUGGAAGACUGGGAGCAGAGCCAGGACAACCCAGGGACUCUGCUAUGGAAUGGAAUGUGGGCAUUCCAAAUAGUUUCAUUGCUAGGAUAAACUUCCUCCCCAACCCUUGUAAAUGUUAACACAUCCUAAAGGAAGAUGUUAAGUCGGUAAAAUAAGCAUGCUGACUAUAAAUGAUAUGAACUACACAACUUUCAAAAGAUACACAUCUAUUAAUGAAUUUUUAUGAAAAGUGGAGAAUGAAUAAAUGGUCAUAAUUUUUGAAUUUUUUUUUUUUUUUGGAAUAUAACAAUCUGCAAGAGAACCUUUCUCAAGUGGGAUUCCCUACAGCAGAUGAUUCUAGCGGAUGUUGUCUUAAUGAUCAAUCACAUAACAAUCUAAAGUAGUUUGUUGGCUGUGAUGGGUUCCUUAGGACGUUGGUGCUUCAUUCUCUAAUGAAAUAUGCUGGUGAGAGAAUAGAGAAUGGAAUGAUGCAGGAUAUUUGUUACUGUAUGAACUAACUUCCUUAGUGGGUUUAUCUCAAGCUCCUAAACAUUCUCUGAGGUUGGAUUGAAACCCACAAGAAAAUAACAAUGAAAGUCAUUUUUGCUAGCAUGAUCAGAAACAGCUCUCGGUUGGGAAAGGCCCUACAGGGGGGCACUCUGGUAAAAACACUGUGAACAUGAUUGCCGAGUGUGUCUGUGUGGGUGAUCCUGAGACUGCCUGCCUAGCGCAUGCAGCUGUCACCCAUAUGUCUGCAUACCUCACGAAAAAUGUGAGGAGGCUGGGACCACGGACUUCUGGUGUUGCUGUCUCGCAUGGUUUUGGUCACAUUGGCUGAAGUGGAAUUCUUCCUGGGUUUGGAGCGUUUCAGUUUAUGUUUCUCUUGUGAUCAGUGGUUCAGAACUGAGUGUGAGGUCAUCCUGGUGAGUAACCUGGAGUUAUGGUUCUCAGAGUCUGGACAAAACAGAAAAAUCUGAUCACACAGUAGAGUGCAUAUCAAGGCUCUCCUACGUCAGUGAGCCUAAGCCACGUGUCAUGCACACACAUCCCCCAAGUUAAGAACCACUGAACUACAGUGUUCACUUUGCAGACUGAGCCUGAGCCUGUGUACACGGAAUCAGUGCUCAGAUGAUACAGAUGUGGUCAGGAAGCAUAAAGAAUAUGGGAAUCGCAGAUAUAACGUAGUGUGUUAGUGGGUAGGAUAUACAUUACUGUGCAAUCUAAUGAAUGUAUUAUACAGCAUGACUAUAAUACAAGAUGGUACGGUGUGCUUUGGUGUAGUUUAACAUAACAAACAGCAUAGGCUCUAAACCAGGACUGAGAUAGCCAACCCACAGGGAAGCCCCAGGUUCACCACCUGAGGUCAGCUGUGGGAAGAGACAAGCAGAGAAGUCACUGCAGUGCUGUGGUGCCGAGCUUGCGGAAGUCUGGUCUCUGGAUGUGACAAAUCCUCCUAGGGUGCCAGGGAAAGCUACUCACAGGGAGGCAGUCCAGCUCCCCUGAAGGAGGCGCUGCAGCCUGCUGGGAGCCACCGACGGCUCGCACUCGCGGAAGCAAACAUGGAUCAGCUGCCCGCCCUGCGGGAGUGGGAGAGCCCUGGGCCCUGCAGGGCAGGCUGAGCCCUGGUGAACCUGCACGGCAGGGACUUUGCUCCAUCUUCAGGAAGCCAACAGUAAAGUGAUUUUUUUUUUCCUUCUAUAUCCUCAAACAUGGCUUUCUUGCGCUAUAUGAGCUCCAUCGAAGAACAGAACCAAUUUAGAUGAAACAGUCUUUAUGUCAUUAUGUAGUUCAGUGCUCAUGUGAUAGGUUCAGACUUGAGGCCAAGGAGGGCAGUGAUAUGGGUCUUUAGACACGGUAUCGAAACUCCCAACAGAGUGCCUGGCACUUAGUAGUCACCCAGAACUUCGGAGCGUGCAGUUGAUUUACCUGGGGAGAAUAGGCGUCUAGAUGCAUAAGCAAGUUAGCAAAAAUUUAGCAUUUUCCUUUCCCAGCAGGGAGAGCAGAACUGAGAUUCGGGAGUCAGUGGCGAGAAGCACAAAGGAGCUCAAGGCUGGGAAAGAUGAACUCAGAAGCACGGAGGUGGGCACAAGCCACUGGCCUGGACUUACAAAGGAGAAGCAGAAAGUCAAAAUGCAAGAGAGAGAGUAGAACAAGAUAAAGGAGCUCACCAGGAUGAGGAUGGUGCCUGGCCUCACGGCGGGGCCUGGGAGAGAAGCAGCUGCUGUGCAGGAUGAGGACCAUGGAGCCACUGGCCUAGACCAUGAGGCUCAGAUUUAGUGUAUCAAAGGACAAGAACAUGACUACGUGUAGUCUACUUAAAAAUGAGCUUAGAAUGUGGGCAGAGCAGUAGCCAAAGUUUUGUCUCAUCACACUCAUGUUUUUGCUAUUUAUCGACUGAGUCAUCUUCAGAGGAACGAUUGUAUUUAGCGAGAGAUGCAGGAUCCAGAGGAGGCUACAGCAGAAACAAAUGGACUUUGGGGAUCUUAUUGUGAUGUGCAGCUGAGAGUAACUGGAGCAAAGUUUAGUGGCCUGGAAGACACUCAGGAGGCAGGUGGUGCUGAGGGAAACCCCUCUGCCCACACUGUGUAGGUAGAAGACAACUUUACAUCCAGCAUCAUCCAGGAAAUACUUCAUCCGAAAGCUGCUAUUGUCUGCGUGAUCCCUCUGGAGAAAAGCACCGUGGCGCUGGCUAAGACCAGCUGGUUGAGAAUCAAGUCUGUGGAUCUCACCUGAUGUCAAGUGAACAGAUUGAAGUUAUAGAGACAAAGCAGAGCAGUUUCCCAAGAUUCCAGCUCCCGUCUGAGUGAGGAGGAUGCUCCCCAUUCCCAAGUGAGCUGAACGCAUCACUUCAGUGUCUGGGUGAUGCGGAUUUUAGCAGCUGUCAGAGAGGUGGCAGAGGAAGGACAAAGCGGUACCACGACCAUGCCUGGUAACUGUGUGGCUAAAGGACAGAUGGUUUCCCACCCUCAGUGGAUAUUUGUGCGAAUGGGUGAAGGAUUGAUUAGUGAAGUGCUGUGUUACAGGCAAUCUCAUUGUCUCUGUUAGCUAACAGAGACACAUCCACAUAAUGUGCAAAGUUCUUAUUCUGAUAGUUGUUUUCAGAAUUUGUUCAUAAGUUAAAAAAAGAUAUAAAAAAUUGGAAAAAGCUACAUUCCCUUCCCUAAAAUUAUAGAGGACUUUAAAUGUGUUUAUGUACUUGUUUAUGAACAAAGGGGGGGAUCAUACAAGAAGUUAUUAAUGUAUUUCCCAGUAGUAGCUCACAGCAGCAAGAAAGGGAGGAGCAGGAUAGAAACUGCAGUGCAUGAAUUAAUCCCAUGCUGCUAUUUUAAUAUUUCAACAAAUAUAAAUGUUUUAUGUAAUUAUAAGACAGUAUUGAAUAAAAUAACUUAAAAUAUUAAACCAAGGCGAUAUUUAAAAGAGAUUCUGAGAGCAUGGCAAGUAAUUGGGCAUUUCUGCAUCAAGAGAAAUCUAUUUACUUUAAAACACAAUUUUCACUCUAUCUUUAGUGAAGUAUAACAUAAAAUAUUUAAGCAUGUAGACUGUUUCUGUUUUCAUAUUAUUUAUAGAUAUAUAGGCACCACUCUUUUGAAAUAAGUAUAUUAAUGCUAUUAACAACCAAAGUUUUCAACAGAAUAGAAAAAAUGCAAAUGUAAAAAUCAGAUCAUUAAAAACCUUAUAAUCCUGAACUUAUUUGGAAUAAUCGAUAUUCAUUCAUGACAUAUAUGUAAUAUAAAAUACUGAUAUUUUCUAAAUCAAGUCACCAUAUCCUAUUACUACCUCAGUAGCAUUGUAUACCCUUUGGGCACAGAUUUUGGUUCCUAAAUACAGUUUCUCAUCAAAUAUCCAAAACGUCUUUUUAAAUCAAUGAUUUUUUUGUUUAGAUCAGGAAAAUUUUGGGAUGGCCCUGAAACAUGUUGUCAUUAAACAAGAAUGCAGGUAAGGUGUCAGAGGCUUCUAGGGUAAGUUUAGGGACUGAAAGAUCCAGAUUGGAUUGGCUCCAACUUAAAAAAUGAUGAUGCAGAGAGAUCACCAAUAAACAGUAAUUUCAGAGAACUGAAUCUCAUCAAAUGAAUUCUGAAAGCUGUAUAUAGCUGUUGACAUUAAAAUGAGCCAGAAAUUUUGAGGGAAUUAGUGAUGCAAUUCAUUACUUCAAAAAUUGCUAAAGAGACUGAAGGUGUCAAGUAUCUUUUCUCCUUUGGUAUACAAACUGCAUCUUAGGGCGAACAAAUAGAGAUGAGGAAAACUUCUGUAUAAACUAUUUCAGUAAGAAAUGCAACAGUUCAGAUAGAAUUCAAUAGAUACCAACAUCAGUAGCUCAUAAAUAAUGGCUUCCAUCAAAUUGUCAUCCAGUGACUGCCACCAAAUGAUUUCAACCAAUAACCACUGGCACAGUAGAUAAAAGGAUAGUGGGAAAAAUAAUAGUGGAUGAAAAAUAAUGACUUGGGCCCACUGUCAAGCUUAACACCACCAAGAGGAGACAGCUAGAAUCAGAAUGUCUGUGUGGGAAGCAUGUGGGGCCUUGUGAACAAAGAAUGAGUAUGGAUUUGAUUGAUGAUUCUGGCUCAAAGUUACAUGUUUGUUGCAAGUAAGGGAGAACAUAUUUAAGGACAGCAAAGAAAGAGUAAUAUUAGAGCAGGUGGGAAAUUAUAUCAGACAGAUAACUCAGUUAUACCACCAUGCAGAUGGCAAAAACAAUGCAGGAAAGUAGGGUAAACCUUUGAAAUAAAAGAUACCUAAAAUAUGUAAGGUGGAGGUUCAGGCUCCUGGCUUUGGCCUGGCCCAGUUCCAGAUGUUGUGGCCAUAGGAGUGAACCAGCAAAUGGAAAAAUCUCUGUCCUCUCUGUCUCUCUGUUUGACUUUCAAAUAAAUAACUGAGUAACUUAUUAAAAAAGUGAAUUUUUUUUAAAGUGGGAAAGUUGAAUUCUGACUAUAUAUUUGAUUUGCUGCUAUUUUUGUUACUGUGAAAAUGCUAUAAUGGUUUUUACAACAAAAGAGACUUUAUACUUUUCAGAUGUGUUUGAAUGACUUGUGGGUAAGAUGACAUCCUGUAUAUUCAAUGUUGUAAGACUAGGAAUAUAUAUAUGUAUUAUAUAAAUGAUGUUUAGGGUAAAUGGAGACAUAUGUAGUGGUAUUUAAAGUUUGCACUUGUAUGGCUGAGAACUGUGAAUUUUAUGAAAUAUUAGAAUUAACAAAAUAAAUGUAUAUAAUUGUCAUAAAAUUUAA